UGUUGCCUUGGCUAAUAGGAUGGUUCAUUGUAUGCUUGUUCCAAUUAGUUUUUGGGCUAUGGCUGUUGGGAGGUUAUUAUAUAUAUCUUCAAUCUGUGUUUGCAACACUAUGUAACUGGCUCUGGAUGUCUUAUAACCGGAGAAGCAGAGAAGCGUGAAGCUGGGAAACUCGAUGAGUACACUUUCAUCUGCAUUCGAACGUUCUGCCUGAACGUAACAGCUAUUCUCGACGUAAGAACACAAGAUCAGUUCCUGGUAGCAAAAUAUUGACCUUAUAUCCGCGAGCUGUGUUCAGGAAAUUUGACGUAAAGUUUGGUGGUCCGCCUUUUUGACCGUUGGCAACCCCUACCUAAGGACUCGAGCAGCCGUGUGGUCAGCAGGGGUAUAAGAGGUGCGACGAUCGGACAGAAGGUAUCAGUUCCUUAGCUCCUUUCCAGAGCAAAGACAGCUCUAAUUCUCAAGUCAACAACCAGUGUGGUAAUCCCCCACGUACAUCGACAAUGAAGUUCAUCGUGGUCUUCGCCUGCGUGAGCCUUGCACUUGCAGCUCCAAGCAAGAAGCACAUUCAGGAGCAAGAGGAAGCUGCUUACGAGUACGAAUACGGCAACGAACCGGCGGAAUCUCAUUACGUCGACUCGUCUUCUGCUGCGAGCCACAAACACCAUGGCGGCCAUGGCCAGGUUGGCUACAGUGCCGGUGGAGGGUUGGUCAGCAUUGCUCAGGGUGCUGCCGAUCAGGCACACACAGCGAUCGCCAAUCAGCACAGCGCAGCUGCACAAGCCGCCUACAUGGCUAAGAACACUCUUGGCCAAUCAGCUGCCCAAUCGGCAGCCACUGCAGCUGCGGCUCUCGCUGGAAAGCAGAUCAUCGUUCUUGGAUUGGAACAGCAAUCUCGUGACGCUCACGUUGCUGUUGACGGAGAGAAGAUGCAACUGCAGCAAGCUCAGCGUGCCGCAACUGCAGCCCAGAACACAGCCCAACAAGCUAUGCAUCAGGUGCAGGUCAUCACUGCAGCUCUGAACGCCGCUCAGGCCACUGCCGAUCACGCCGCUCAGGCCGCAGCCGAAGCUGCAGCUGAAUUGGCCGCUCAAACCACUAUGGUCGGUCAGGCUAAAGCUCGUGCCGAAACCAUCGACGAACAGUUGGCUGCUGCCAGAAUCGACUUCGAGGCGACGCAGAUUGCUGCCAACAAGGCUGCCGCUGCUGCUCAGACCGCUCAGAACAACGCUGCUGCUGCUGCGGCACAUGCGGCCAGCGCAGCUGCGGCUGCUGCCGCAGGCCACCAUCCUGCCAGUCUUCAUCAGGCUCCAUUAUCGGGGGACAGUUUCGAUUACCAGGGGUACCACUACUAGGAUAUUUUCCCGGUGCUCCGAAGGAUCAUUCUCAUCGCAGUACUAACCAUCGUGCACACCACUCCUCUUCAUACAUAACUGUUAAAGUGUAUCUAGUUUGUUACGCCGUUUUUAUAUUAACAUAAGAGCGAACGUCCUAGGACGCAUCUCUGAUUGUCAUUGUCUUGGGUCAUAUCGCGUCGAGCGACUUGGCCUUCAAUAAAAUGUUGUUGCCAUUUA